UGACGCAAAAAUAAUGCGAACAGUUUAUGCUAAUUGCCGUCGAAUGACCAUAAUUUAUACCUGUAUGUACACCGGAGCAAUCAUGUCGUUAUUUUCUGAAGUGAUUUUCUUGGAACGAUCCGAUCAAACGUGGAAAUCAACAGCUCCAAUCCCAAGCAACUGGGCGCAACAAACACACGUUUAUUAUGGUGUUUUGAUUUUUGAGGCAUUUUCAAACAGUCUAAAUUGCGCAAUUUCAUGGACUUUGGAUACGUCCAGCUUGAAAUUAGUUAGCUUGCUAUGUGGCCAUAUUGAAGUAUUGUCUCUGCAUUUAAAACAAAUUGGAAAAUCGGGAAAAAUCUCGAAAGAUAACUCGAAUCACGUGCGCCUGUUGGCAUAUCUGGACCAUUACAAAUUACUUAACAAAUAUUCUAAUGAAAUUAAUAUGUAUUUAUCGGCCAUAUUUUUCAUACAAAUUAUGAAAACAGCUUACUCUCUACUGGCCGUUCUGCAAAAAGCUCAGCCAUGAUGUUCUGUCUAAAAAAAAGUAUGAAACUGAAAUAUUACUAGACCUAUAGGUUCUGAUGAGGGUCCAGAUCUGGAUCACU